CAGGACGUGUCGAAUGUGCGGCGCGGGAAAAGCAGGUGGGUAAACAGCGCUGCGAAGGGGGAACGGAGGGAAGCAAGAUGGCGGCGGCCGGCGGACUCCCGGCACUGCUGCCCGCCCAGACGCAGCUGGAGUAUGCGCUGUUGGACGCCGUCAGCCCUCAGGAGAAGGAGAACCUGGUCUACCAGCACCUGAGGAAGGUGGACGGCUGGGAGCGGGACCUGGCGGCGCCCGACUUCGGAGGAGAUCUGGAAUGGCUAAACACUGAAGGUCCCAUUUCUCUGUACAAAGACCUCUGUGGAAAAGUGGUGGUGUUGGAUUUCUUCACUUACUGCUGCAUCAAUUGUAUGCACCUGCUGCCUGACCUACAUGCAUUAGAGCGCAAGUAUUCUGAUAAAGAUGGUCUUCUUAUUGUUGGUGUCCAUUCAGCAAAGUUCCCAAAUGAAAAGGUUCUGGAUAACAUUAAAAGUGCUGUUCUUCGAUAUAAUAUUACCCACCCCGUAGUAAAUGAUGCAGAUGGAAAACUUUGGCACGAGCUGGAAGUGUCCUGCUGGCCAACUCUGGUUAUACUUGGGCCUCGUGGAAAUAUGCUGUUUUCUCUUGUUGGAGAGGGACACACAGAAAAAUUAUUUUUAUUUGCAUCUAUAGCUCUGAGAUUCUACAAAGAAAAAGGACAAAUCAAAGAUAAUAAAAUUGCAAUAAAGUUGUACAAAGACUCUCUCCCCCCUUCUCCAUUGCUGUUUCCUGGAAAAGUGACAGUAGAUAGUUCAGGAAACAGAGUGGUCAUAGCAGAUACUGGACAUAACAGGAUUUUGGUUGUCCGGAAAAAUGGGCAAAUAGUGCACACCAUUGGAGGUCCAAACAGCGGAAGGAGAGAUGGAAGAUUUUCAGAAGCAGCAUUCAGUUCACCACAGGGAGUGGCUAUAAAAAACAAUAUUAUUUAUGUAGCUGAUACAGAAAAUCAUCUGAUUAGAAAGAUUGACCUAGAAUUAAAGGUAGUGACCACUGUAGCAGGUAUUGGAAUACAAGGCAUGGACAAGGAGGGUGGAACAAAAGGAGAAGAACAGCCUAUAAGUUCACCAUGGGAUGUGAUCUUUGGAAAUUCAGGGACCCAGGAAGAUGCAGUGCUGUGGGUAGCCAUGGCAGGUACUCAUCAAAUCUGGGCGCUCAUGUUAGAAUGUGGAAAACUACCAAAAGGAAGUGAUUUAAAGAAAGGAACCUGCCUUCGAUUUGCCGGCAGUGGGAACGAAGAGAAUCGAAACAAUGCAUAUCCCCAUAAAGCAGGCUUUGCCCAACCCUCAGGUCUUUCUCUGGCUUCUGAAGAACCCUGGAACUGCCUUUUUGUAGCAGACAGUGAGAGUAGUACUGUGCGAAUGGUCUCACUGAAAGAUGGAGCAGUGAAACACCUUGUAGGAGGAGAGCGAGACCCACUGAAUUUGUUUGCCUUUGGUGAUGUGGAUGGAGCAGGAAUAAAUGCAAAACUGCAGCACCCCUUAGGAGUAACCUGGGACAAGAAAAGGAAGCUACUUUACGUAGCAGAUUCCUAUAACCAUAAGAUUAAGGUUGUAGAUCCCAAAAUGAAGAACUGUGCUACACUGGCAGGUACAGGAGAUGCAAGUAAUGUUACUGGUUCCAGCUUUACAGAAUCAACUUUCAAUGAACCAGGGGGUUUGUGUGUUGAAGCGAAUGGCUGCCUUCUCUACGUUGCAGAUACUAAUAAUCAUCAAAUUAAAGUGCUGGAUUUAGAAACAAAAAUUGUUUCCAUGCUGCCUAUCCUGACCACUGAAGCAUUUGAUGUUGUAGAUCAUCCACUUGCACAAAAGCCUAACAUGGCAAGCCUACCAAAGCUGCCUAAAUCUGCACCAAACAUUCAACUUCCUUCAUUGACUGUCUCUCCUGGGCAGACACUUCAGUUUUUAUUACGCUUAAGCCUUCCUGAAGAUUCAGAGCUGAAUGAGGAAGCACCCAAUUCAUGGUUUCUCACAGCAGAAGGUAAUGAGUGGUUGCUACAAGGACAGACUUCAUCUGCAGAAAUUAAGGAUGUUUUCAAUCCACCUCUCAUCCACUUGCAGUUACCCAGUAGCUGCCAGUCAUCUGAAGCUGUACUGUCUAUCAGAGCAUUCCUCUAUUACUGUAGCAAAGAAAGCAGUGCCUGUAUGAUGAAAGGAAUCUCUUUCAAUCAGCCUUUACAGAUAGCUAGCACAAACCAAGGUAGCACAGUGCAAGUAGAGUUGAAAUAUGCAUUUUAACUAACUAAACCAAAAACCUAAUAGAUUUGUGAUGCAACUUUCAGCCUAAUAUUUUUACAGAAAACAUACAAAUACCUCCCAACCCCCCCACCCCCCCGCACCCCAACCCCAUUCCUCAUCUUCUUAUAGCAUAUGAAGAAUUCUAAAGCAUAAUAUGCUAGGUAGAUGAAGUAGAAAUGCCUUUUGAUGUAACAUGAAUAAGUAUAGUGAAAUCGUGUUGUUUUUAUUCCUUUUUUUGUUACUGUAUGAGCAAUAAUGCCCUAAUGCUGUAAAGUCUGCUGACAAUUGUGAAUUGAUUGGACCUAGGCAACUUUAACCAGCAAGAAGCAAUUUUUAGAGUCCGUCCUGGAAGAGCCAGUAUUACAUUGUGAUAUUACUGUAAUAAGUUCUCUUGCACUGCGUAUUUGGAAUACCUAGAUCACUUGGGGCUGACCAACUGCAUAUUCCUUUUUUAUGCCUUCCAUUUUUAAUAGAAUAUUAAAAAAAGUCUCUUUUUCCAGUUUACAAAAGGAUUAUUUUUCUUAUUUUGCAAUGAAGGCACUUGAGACAAACUUAUAUAUUUUGGGGAAAAAAAUCCUGAAAUGGGUGCAGUACUAUUUAUUCUUAUGCAAAUCAAGUAUUUUAAAUCAAACUAAAUAUUUAUGCCUUAUUUAAAGAGCACAAUGUCAUGGGGACAGUUUUCUUUAAAGGAAAUGUUUGUGUUCAUAUAGACAAUGUUACAUAAUGAUGUCAAACGAAAUUGUGCCUGCACAGAAGCAAUGUGUUGGGAUUUUUCUAAUUUGUGUGCAUCUAUUCAUGUUUUACAGUGAAGUAUAGGCAGGUAAUACUUGAGACUCUAACUUUGCAAUAAUUAAAUGUCAAACAUUUCAA